AUAAAGCGUCCAGGACAUGCAUUUAAAUACGCAAUUUAUUUUAGUUAUAUAAAUGGGGUUGGUUUAGGUGCAGGGUACAAACUUAUUUAGAAAUCAUCGAUUUGUUAACUGCGUUUGGCAUGGGAAUUUGGAAAGAGUUCGCCCGGGUUAAGACACCAAUGGAUAAAACACUUGUCAAUCCAGGAGAAAAGGCAUCUCAAGAAUGGAAAGACUUGCUGGCCCAGGCUCCCUCGGGGAGCUCUAGGUGUAGAAAAUGCGCGUUCUCCGUUACUUCUCGGUUACUUUGCCCAGCACAAAGGACGACGCGAAUACCAACAGACUGGACGAGUCGGUGACUACAGUUUGCAUUAAGAGGCGGCGCCUUUUGGGUUUCGGAGGGUUCCACUGGAACCCACGAGGGUCAGGAAUACCGACGCGCGGAUUCCGCCCACCAGACAGCCUGGGGAAGCGAGCCUGAAGGCUCGGCGCAACUAGAGAGAAGAACCUCGGCAGACAUGCCGCCCAGAGGCAGCUAAGGGGCCCGUGGCCAGGGCCUGCGCUCCCGCUGCGCUGCAGGCCGGCUAGAGGCCGGCGCCGAGGACCCAGGGCGCGGCGUCCCCGCCCCCUCGGCUUCCCUCGCCCCGCCCCCUAGGGCCCGCCCCUUCCCGGGCCGCGCACCCGCGCGCCCCGCCCGCGGGCGGAAGCUGGAGCGAGGCUGAACGCCUGACGUCAAGGCGACAUCGCCAAACCUCGCCCAGAUUCAGGCGUGUAAACCAGCCGGAGCGGCGCGGCAGCGGCAGGACCGCCGUGGCGCCUAGAGUAGCGACCCGGGGGGAGCGCGGGGCGACGCUGGCUGCAGGGACCCGGUGACAGCGUGAGAGGCUCGCAGAGUACUAGGUUUUGACAAGCUUGCAUCAUGCGUGAGUAUAAGCUAGUCGUUCUUGGCUCAGGAGGCGUUGGAAAGUCUGCUUUGACUGUACAAUUUGUUCAAGGAAUUUUUGUAGAAAAAUACGAUCCUACGAUAGAAGAUUCUUAUAGAAAGCAAGUUGAAGUAGAUGCACAACAGUGUAUGCUUGAAAUCUUGGAUACUGCAGGAACGGAGCAAUUUACAGCAAUGAGGGAUUUAUACAUGAAAAAUGGACAGGGAUUUGCAUUAGUUUAUUCCAUCACAGCACAGUCCACAUUUAACGAUUUACAAGACCUGAGAGAACAGAUUCUUCGAGUUAAAGACACUGAUGAUGUUCCAAUGAUUCUUGUUGGUAAUAAGUGUGACUUGGAAGAUGAAAGAGUUGUAGGGAAGGAACAAGGUCAAAAUCUAGCAAGACAAUGGAACAACUGUGCAUUCUUAGAAUCUUCUGCAAAAUCAAAAAUAAAUGUUAAUGAGAUCUUUUAUGACCUAGUGCGGCAAAUUAACAGAAAAACUCCAGUGCCUGGGAAGGCUCGCAAAAAGUCAUCAUGUCAGCUGCUUUAAUAUACUAAAUGCAUUGUAGCUCUGAGCCAGGUCUGAAGAACUGUUGCCCAAUUCAACAGUGCCAGCAUUCCAACUUUGUUAAACCUACCAACAUCUUAAAUGGACUUUCCUGUGGUGGUACCCUUUAAGAGGCGGAUGAAAGCUACUAUAUCAGUUUGCACAUUCUAAUCACUUUCCAGUAUCACAAGAGAGAUUUUUACUUAUAUAAUAGUCCUAGAGUAUGCAGCUGGUAAAACCAGAGGCUACAUCCAGUAUUACUGCUAAGAGACAUUCUUCAUCCACCAAUGUUGUACAUGUAUGAAAAUGGUGUACUGUAUACUUUAACAUGCCCCAUACUUUGUAUUGGAGAGUACAAUAAUGUAAAUCCUAAAAGCACCACUAUUUUAGCAUAAUAAAAGAAAGUCCAAAGAGCUCCUAUAUAGACUACUCCAGAUAACUUCGCUUCUUUGAUACUUGUAGCUUAUUGUAAUUUUUUUUAAGAAAUUCAAGGUCAUUAUUAUUGUACAAAAUAAGCGCUUUGAUUAACACAGCUAUAUAGUUUUUUUAAUUUUUAAAAAACCUGUGGAGACAGUGAUCUUGUCUUUAAAAUAUGAUAGUCCUUUCAGUAUAAUGUCUUAGAUUAAAGACGUUGCCUUUAAUAUCUGUUGGGAAGGAAAUGUCCAGACUUUUCAAAUCUCUUAUUAUAUGUUUCCUUUUUUUGUUUACAUAGGGAACAAUGUUUAUAGUCGUGUGUACAGUGGGGGUCUACAACAAGAAGUGUAUAUUUUCAAACAAUUUUUUAAUGAUUUAACAAUUUUUGUAAAUCAUUUUCAGGCUUCUGCAGCUGUAGAUUCUCACUGUGAAUCCCUUGCUUGCUCAUGCAUAAGUGUAUUUGCAAUACCAAAUAUACAGGUUUAGUAUUUUUGCCUGUUAGUGAUUGUUUCACAUGUGUAACGUUUUGGUUGAGAUGUUAAAUGGUGGACGAGUACUGUGGAUGUGAAUGUGGGAAGUAAUUUUAAUCAUAUGUAAUUGGUCACAAGGCCUAAUUUGCAGUAACUAUUGCUGUUUUAUUUAACAAUGCCUUGUUGCUUUGUAUGCAUUAAUGUUUGGAUGUAAAGAUUGUGUGUCUAUCCAACAGGGAGCCACAGUAUUUAAAUUGACCAACCUAAUGUUACAACUACUUUGAGGUGGCCAAAUGUAAACUAAAAGCCUUAAUUAAAGUGGUGCAAUUUUGUAUAACUUAGCAUCAGUAGUUCAAUAAAUUUGGAUUGCCAUGCAAGGGCUUGCAUUAUAA